AUGGAAACUCCAGAACAGGAGGCUAUGGAAACUCCUGAACAGGAGGCUAAGGAAACGGUUCCGAUCGAAGCGGACGUGAAAACCAACGGCAAGCAGAAGGAGAAUGAGGAUGACUCGUCAUCAUACAUCGACGAGGAAGUUGAGAGAGAGGUGGAAGAGGAUGUGAAGGAUUGUGCAGACCCGGAUGUGGAUGAGCCAGAGCAUACUAAAUUUUAUCGCUUCUUCAAUGCCAUUGACAAGCGGAUGACGCUCGCGGUUUUGAAGAAUCACAUUUACUUCUACGGAUACUUGGCCGUGCAGGCACUGUUCGGUCAGGUAGAAAUAAUGGGCUACCGGUUGAAAACGGCCGAGGCAAGAACGGUCACUGCCGCGCGUGGCUACUAUGCGGUCAGUCUCAUUCCAUUGCCAUCGCCGGAAUCGUUAAAUAAGGCCGCGUUCAAGAAUGUCCUGCAGAAGUUAAGACCCCAUUUCAUCGAAAUCGACAUGGACGGCAGCAUUCGAUCCAUCGGAAUCGGUGCUCGUGUUGCUGCAAGCAAAGCCGGACGGAAGCACCUCGCUGCCUGUGAUCUCCAAACGCAGCAGCUCUUGGAGGUGGAAUUGCUACCUCCCGACGUUACAAAGGUUCGCUCCGUUCCGCUCUUCCAGAAGAAUUCGAUCUGGGACAAGGUGCAGCUUCGCAAGUCCAGCCGAUUGAUGGUGAUCGGAGGCAAAGAUGCCGGCAAAUCGACCCUCUGUCAGUUCCUAACCAACCGGCACAUCCGAGAGUUCGGACGUAUCGUGUUGCUCGACCUGGACAUCGGGCAGCCGUUUGUUCACCUGCCGGAAACGAUCAGUGUGAGUGUGCUGACGGAUCCGAUCCUUGGGGUGGGAUACUUUGCAAAAGCUCAACCGCCUUCGCAAUGCCUACUGUUCGGAAGCGUCAACGUUGUAUCCUCCCCAGUGUUGUACAUUAAAAAUGUGCAACAAUUGAUUGGUAAACAACAACAAAUUAAAAAUGUGCAACAACACUGCGAGGCAAAUGCCGAACUGAAGGACGUACCGUGGAUCGUCAACACGAUGGGAUACACUACCGGAUUCGGCAAAGCACUGAUGGCGGCCCUCAUCCAUCUGACGUUCAGGCUUACAAGUUAA